GAAAACGAACGACCGAACGAGUUGUCAAAUUAUUUUUAAAGGAAUUUUUUUUUUAUCGAAAUAAAAAUUAAAAAAAAUUUGUCAAUUAUUUUUAAUUUAUAGUUCGAAAUAUUUCUUAAAUGGGAUUAUAAUAAGAUAUGAGAAGAGUGAUUUAGAAUUUAAUUUCAUAUCACGGGAUUAAUUUGAUAAAUCUUUUAAGCGUGAACAUUAAAAUAUAGAAAGUAUCUAAAGCAAUAUAACCUACCCACACAAAUGCUUUAAAAUUUUUGAUAUAAGUAUAAAUAAGUAAAGAGAAAACAAUAUUUUGUAUUAAAAUUUAACAAUUUAUAUUUAUUAAUUUACAAUUUAAAAAACGAAUAUUAGCAAAAGUGUAGAAAAUGAACAGAAAAAGGCCAGGCCCAGGUUUAAAAAUUAAUUUCGGGCAAACUGAACCUGAACCAGUACCAAUCGUUCCGCGAAAUUUAGAUUCAAAAGCUACAUUUAAAAUUGGCGAAAAAACAUUCGAAGCUGAAGCGGAUGAGCUUGAAAAAAUACAAGAUUUAGGUAGAGGGGCAUAUGGAAUUGUAGAAAAAAUGAGACAUCGUGAAAGUGGGACUGUAAUGGCUGUCAAAAGAAUUACAGCAACAAUAGAGAAACAAGAACAACGACGUUUGUUAAUGGACUUAGAUGUUAUGAGAACUAGUAAUUGUGAGUUCACUGUGCAAUUUUAUGGUGCAUUAUUCAGAGAAGGAGAUGUUUGGAUCUGCAUGGAAUGUAUGGAUACAAGUUUAGAUAAAUUUUAUCCAAAAGUUUUUCAACAUAAUAAAGUCAUGACUGAAGAUUUUUUAGGCAAAAUUGCAGUUUCAGUGGUUAAAGCUUUACACUAUUUGCACUCAAAUUUACAAGUAAUUCACAGGGAUGUAAAACCAUCAAAUAUAUUGGUAAACAGAUUAGGAGCAGUAAAAAUGUGUGACUUUGGUAUAUCAGGUUUCUUGGUUAAUUCUGUAGCUAAAACAGUUGAUGCAGGAUGCAAACCUUAUAUGGCACCUGAACGCAUAGACAUGGAAGGAGAUAAUAAGGACAAAUAUGAUAUAAGAUCUGAUGUGUGGUCAUUAGGCAUUAGUAUGAUUGAAAUGGCAACUGGAAGAUUUCCAUUUAGUAAAUGGAAAUCAGUUUUUGAUCAACUAAAACAAGUUGUUGUUGAUGACCCACCAAGAUUAGAACCAGGACAAUUUUCCGUUGAAUUUGAAAAAUUUAUAGAAGCAUGUUUACAGAAAGAUUAUAAAGCACGUCCAAAUUAUAAACAGUUAUUAGAAUCAAUUGAAUUUAUAGUUAUGCAUAAAGAAAAAAAUACUGAUAUUUCAAAAUUUAUUGAAGAAAUUCUUGAUCUUCCAUAAAUCUCUUUUCAAGAAAUAUUAUUUUUUUUUUUAAUUAUUAUUAUCAAUAUUUCUUUUGUUGCAAAUUUUGCAAUGUACGAUAAAAAAAAUUCAAAUUUAAUAUCAUAAUCUAGUUUAUAAGGAAAAAAUUUUGCCACUUCACAACUAAAUUAAUUUUUUGGUUUGUUUAAUAUUAUUAUUAAUUUUUUUUCGUUUGAAAUUUUUUUAUUCAACCAAUUUUUUUGUAAUCAAGAGUUUUUCUUUUUAAAUAGUUUGCCAUUUUAUUUUUUAAUUUGUUAAUUGCAAUAAGAUGAUUUUCUUUUACUUUAAAGUUUGCUAAUUUAAAUCGAAAUACAAAAAUUAAAAUGUUUAUUAUAUAAUAAAAAAGGAACGAAAUUAAUUGUUAAAAUUUAAACGAAGAAAAAAAGAAAUUAAUAUAAAUUUUAAAACAAAAAAAAAAUAAAAUUAUACAUUAAAAAAGUAGUUAAAAAUGUUAUUGAGAACAAAGAAGAAAAAAAGAAGAUAAAAAAAUUAUAAAAAUAAAUACAAAAAAUAAAAAAUAAUAAAA